AGAGCUGUGCCUAGUGGCGCGGGCAUUGUUUGUGUCGUGUUGCGGCGUGGCUCGUUAACUGGUCGUUUCCGGGCCGCAAUGAGAGGCGAGGAUGGUAUCGACGGAGGCGGGCGGGCAGCGCGCGUGCGCCCUGGCCGGCGCCCCGGAGUCUCGCCCUCGCAGCGCGCUCGGCCACUCGCAGUCGACGCGCGACCGCGCCGCCCGACGCUCGCCUCCAAUACGCACCAAUAAAAUGUUUAAACCGCCUUGAUCUUUUGUCGCGUGUCCGGAAAAUUGGAGGCCAUGAAGCGUGACGCGUACGGGGAGGAGGACGGGCCCAACACCAAGCGGCAUCGCCAGAACGACGAUGAAGUCACCUUCCUCAUCCCGAGCAAGGUGGCAGGUUCAAUUAUCGGAAAGGGCGGCCAGAACAUAUCGAAGCUAAGGAACCAGUACAAAGCCUCUAUAACAGUCCCAGAUUGCCCCGGCCCCGAACGAGUGCUUUCCAUAUCGGCUUCGGAUCUUGACACCACUUUGGAAAUCGUGAAGGAAAUCCUGCCGAAAUUGAUUGAUGCGGGGGCGACAAAGGGCACCACCACCGAGGACCUGGACUUGCGGCUGCUCAUCCACCAGAGCCGCGCCGGCUGCGUCAUCGGCAAGGCGGGCGCCAAGAUCAAAGAACUGCGCGAGAAAACGGGCGCCCGGCUCAAGAUCUUCUCCAACGCGGCGCCGCAGAGCACGGAGCGAGUCGUGCAACUGGCCGGCGGCGAGGCAGCCGUCGCGGCCGGCGUGAGGGAGGUGCUCGACCUCAUUAGACAGACCCCGAUCAAGGGCGUGAUCCAGCCCUACGACCCGCACAACUACGACGAUUUCUACGCGGACGAGUAUGGAGGCUACGGCGCGGGGCAGGGCGGGGGCGCGGGGGGCGCGGGGCCGCGCGCGCGCCCCGGCCCGCCCCCAAGGAUGCCUAUGGGACCGCCGCCCGGAGGUCGCGGCCCGCCGCCGCCGCGCGGAGGGCUGAUGGGCCGCAACGGCCCCCCCGGGCCGGGCCCCCGAGCCCCCUUCAACGACUUCUCCGGCCCCGGCCCCCGCGCGCCCUUCAACCCCCCGCGCAACUUCCCCCCCGGCAACUUCAACCGCGGCGGCGCGGGCAACGGCGCCCCGCCCCCCGCCAACCCGCCCCCGUUUAGCAACAACCAGCCAGGGUUUGGAGCUGGUGCUGGAGGGUUCAGUAACAAUGCUGGUGGUGGUGGACAGGAGACCACUACUCAAGUGACGAUUCCUAAAGAUUUGGCGGGCGCCAUCAUCGGCAAGGCGGGCACUCGCAUCCGCAAGAUCCGCGCGGAGUCGGGCGCCGGCAUCGAGAUCGCGGAGCCGCUGCCCGGCGCCGCCGAGCGCAUCAUCACCAUCACCGGCACGCCGCAGCGGAUACAGAUGGCGCAGUAUCUGUUGCAGCAGAGUGUGCAUGAGAGCAACCCCAACCUGGGCGGCGGCGGCGGCGGCGGCCGCGGCAACUUCUGAAGAAAUCUCGAAUCACUAAUAGGAUACAUGUAUAGCUUUACUUUGUCCACGGCGACAUUAUUGUACAAUCACUGGAGGCUACAUGUCUUAUAAUCUAGUUUGUUGCAACCAGAUUGUUGCACCAUCAAUACGGAACGCAUUUAACGUAAUUUCUACUAUUAUAAAACGUAAUGAUAUCGAUUGUGUCAAUGAUUUACCGAUAUUUGUUAAAAUCGAUGUAUUUUUAAGUGAAUGAAAUGAAGGAAUAAAGUUUAUUUUAUUAUC